AUGAAGCUCCACUGGGUGAUCCUGGGCACCCUGCUUCUCCUGCUGCUGGCCAGCUCUGGUGGUGCGGCCGAGACCCCCGCCAUUGACCUGCGGACCUUCAUCGGCUGCGCUGUGCGUGAGUUCACCUUCCUGGCCAAGAAACCUGGCUGCAGGGGGCUGCGAGUGACGACGGACGCGUGCUGGGGACGCUGCGAGACCUGGGAGAAACCGGUGCUGGAACCGCCUUACAUCGAGUCUUACCACCGUGUCUGCACCUACAACGAGACCAAGAUGAUGACGGUGAAGCUGCCCAGGUGUGCUCCUGAUGUGGAUCCCUUCUACACCUACCCCGUGGCCAUCCGCUGCGACUGCGACAUCUGCUCCACCGCCACGACUGAAUGUGAGACUGCCUGA